CUUGUGCUGGUUGUGCAGUUCAGUGCUAACGCGUGACCCAGAAUGAGAUUUAAAGUGCUGCUCCUCAAUGUUAUCGCUGCGCUCAGUUUCGUAAUAGCUCAACGCAACUCGGAACCCAUCAUCAGAACCGAUCUCGGAGCAAUCAAAGGAACCACGCUAGAGACUCGUCUCGGACAGAGAUUUUUCGCAUUCCGAGGUAUUCGUUAUGCGAACCCACCCACCGGAAGGCUUCGUUUUCGGGCCCCCGACCCGGUGUUACCUUGGGAAGGAGUAUUCGAUGCCACCGAUGAUGGCCCAAUGUGCAUUCAACCGGCGUUCAACAGAAGUGAAGCCUCGGAGGACUGUUUGAGACUGAACGUUUACACCAAGUCAAUGUCGAACAAAGGGAGUGGAGCAUGUCGAAAGGACGUAAUAGUGUACAUUCAUCCAGGUGGAUUUUACGUUUUUUCGGGUCAAAGUAGGAACAACGCUGGACCGCAAUACCUCAUGGACCAGGAUAUUGUGCUGGUUACCAUAAACUAUCGUCUGGGUGCCCUGGGAUACAUGAGCACCGGAACGGCGGACUGCCCGGGGAAUAUGGGAUUCAAAGAUCAAGUCGUAGCCUUGAAGUGGGUUCGAGAUCACAUCCAUCGUUUUGGAGGAAACGCCGAUUCCGUCACUCUGAUGGGUUAUAGUGCAGGUGCUGUCAGUGCGGCUUUGCAUAUGAUUUCUCCAAUGUCCAAAGGAUUGUUCCAUCGUGCCAUCGUGAUGAGCACUUCGCCUACUGGUGCGUUGAAAUUCUCUUCCGGUCAGCUCCAGCUGGCUCAAAAACAAGCCCAGCUACUCGGAUGUGAGGUGAGUCCGACUGCAAAAAUGAUCGAUUGUCUGAGAGAGAAACCGCCAAUGGAUUUUGCCGAUAGUCUCCAGGCGAUGUUUGUUAUCGGAUGGUAUCCAACGCUUUUGUGGCAACCAGUGAUCGAACCGGACUUUGGUCAGGAACGUUUCCUGGAUCGAGAUCCGACCGAAGCUUUCUUGAAGGGUGAUUUCAUGAGAGUUCCCGUAAUAGCCGGAAUUACUAAAGAUGAAUUUGCGAGUUCUGCAAUUGACUUUCUGACCAACGAAACAUUGAGGAACGAGCUGAAUCAAAACUUCAAUUCUUUUGCACCCUUGUUGUUUUCAUACAUAACAUCCCCGGAUGCCAACAGAAUAACACCGUUACUGCGAAUGAAAUAUUUGGGAGAAGGACCAGUCACAUUGAACCGAUCGUUGCAAGGACUGAACGACCUUUUCUCUGACAGUCAUAUCGGAUUCCCGAUACAUCGAUUUGUCCAAUUGGCCUCCCGCUUCACAAAGGUCUAUCAGUACAAAUUUACUUAUCAGGGUCGAUACAGUUACUUGUACUAUCCGGAUGACAGAACGCCCUACGGAGUGGUCCAUCACGAUGAUUUACUAUAUCUGUUCGUCAUUCCACAUAUAACAGCUAUUUUUAACUCAACCGAUCCGGAGAAUAAAAUGGUUGAAAAACUGACCGGAAUGUGGGCGGCGUUUGCUAAGCACGGUAAUCCAAAUCGAGCCGACUUAAUCCCGAAGCCAAAUUGGGUACCAGUCAAACGCAAUGAGGACAACUAUCUUGAAAUUGGAGAGCAGCUCACCCCGAGAAAGGGACUCUUCACAGAGCGUUUCUCAUUUUGGGAUCAGCUGUUUCCCGUGCCAAACAUAGAAUAGGCGAACAAGAGCUACCAACAAGACAUGCAAAGUUUAUAUGAAUACAGUAAAGUCUCAACUCACCA